UAUCAGUGCAGAGCCUUCGGACGCAUUGUUUGGGAAUUGAGUCAUGGCUGCCUUAGGAGGAUUCGUCGAGUUCUUUCAAAAAGGGAAAACGUUCCGACCUAAAAAGAAAUUUGAGCCAGGAACCCUGAAAUAUUCACUUCAUAAGCAGGCGCAGGCAUCCUUAAGUUCUGGAAUUAAUCUACGCUCUGUUGUGUCCUUGCCUCCUGGGGAAGAUUUGACCGAUUGGAUUGCUGUCCAUGUGGUUGAUUUCUUCAAUCGUAUAAACCUGAUCUAUGGAACAGUUUGCGAAUAUUGCACUGAGAGUUCAUGUCCCACCAUGAGUGGUGGGCAAAAGUUUGAGUAUCUGUGGGAAGAUGGAGACGUAUUUAAGAAGCCAACGCCCCUUCCAGCACCACAGUAUAUAUCACAUCUAAUGGACUGGGUCGAGAAGCAGAUCAACGAUGAACAUAUGUUCCCUGUGACUGUAGAUGUACCAUUUCCCAAGUCAUUCAUUCGUCUUUGUAAAAAGAUCCUCACCAGACUCUUCAGAGUGUUCGUUCAUGUUUAUAUUCAUCAUUUUGACCGCAUCGUCGCUAUUGGAGCCGAAGCUCAUGUGAACACAUGCUAUAAGCAUUUUUACUAUUUCAUAACGGAAUUUGACCUUGUGAACCGAAAGGAAUUUGAACCCCUAAGGGACAUGACGGCGAAGAUCUGUCAUGACAGUCCGGAGCAGCAUAGUGAUCCUGACCCUAGAAGACAGAACUCUGUUGUGGGUAGCCGAACGUGAAGUUGAGAUAAGGAAAAGGCUGUCUUGUUUCAUCUGGAGGUGAGGAAGAACCAUUGUAGUGAUGGUUUGUGUCUUUAGAGAUCAGCUUGGUCUUUGACAAUAAGUUUUAUAAGUUUUUUAUAAUUUAUGUUGCCAUAUGUAGGUCCAUUUUACUAAAUUUUUAUGAGAAACAGUGCCAUGGUGUACAAAAUAUUUUAAGAGUUAAUUUCAGUAUAAUAUUGAUUGGCUUUCAUUUCUGAGACAGUUGAUGAGUUUCCAUGUGCACUUUGAGACGACAAAAUCAGGUAUUUGUGAAAUAUUGGUAUACUUUUUCCAUCUUUCUUCCUGUUAAGUUCUUUUUGUCUCUCAGUUUUUAUCAUUGGUUAAAGCUAUGAAAUCUGAUCUCCUUUGAGCAUCUUUGUGUUUUUCACCCCUUAGAAGCAAAGGUCUAGGCUAAAAUUAUUUUUAUAUCGAAGCAGGCAUAAGGAAUUAUGUAAGAAUCUCUGACGUACGUAUUAGAAUAUAGCUUGCAUGGAGUUGCAGGAUAAGUACAGUAUUGUAUGGAGCUUAACGCACGGUGUUAUAACAUGCACUUUGAUAAUUAUAAUACGGAUAAUCAGAGUCCAGAACUUUGAUAAUUAAAUUUUAUAUUGGUUUUUAGAUUGGUGUAGAAAAUUUUUCUAUCAUAUUAGAGUAAGAGUUAUAGUUUUGAAGAUUUCUUUUUAGCAUUUUUGUAUCCAAAUCUAAGAAUAUAAUUAGAUAGUCAUAUGUCUAACCUACUUGUUCUUCAGUUGUAGGUUACCUAAAAGCUAACACAGUUUGUGUGAGCCUUUAGUCUAAUAAUUAUGUACAGUAUACCCUACAAAAUUAGUGUUUUCAAGGUUUAAGGGUAGAAUUAUUAUUGAUUUUUAAAGGCUUAUAUUUAGCUGUGCCAUCAGAGUCGGAACAUAAUAUAUAAAUUAUAUAUCACAAGAGAUCUAAGGGCAUUUUUGCUUCAGAAUAAUUUUACUGUACACAUAGAGCAUCUUAAAAUUAGUCUUGAUACUAAUAUUUUUUUGUAUACAGCUUGGCAAUUUUUACUGUCAUGGAACAGAUUGGUUAAAAUGAUCCUGGUCUAGAAUUUCACUUCACCACAAUUUCUUCUUGCAUAAAGAAGCAUAUUCUGCAAAUAGCAAAGUCUGAUGUAUUAAAUGCUUAUUCAGCCACUGUGUAGAAAGUAGAACAUUCCAUAAUUGAAAUACAGCUCAGUGGUUGCUAAGUGAGGGGAGCUACCUCAGAAAGAGAUAACGUAACUCACUGGAUUUUCUCAGAUUUUUUGUAAUUCUCCUGUGUAGAUGUCUUAGUUGAGCUGUAAACUUGUUUGGUGUUUUAUUUAUACUAUAUUAAUUCAUCCAGGAAUGUUGAGAAAUAAUUGUUGACAUCUUCAUAUCUUCAUCUUUGUGCUGUUAAAUUUUGCUGAAUGAUGUAAAGCAAUUAGGUUUUAUUUUUGUGUUACAGUACCCUGCUUGUGUCAACAGAUAACUUGUGCUGUUUUAGUAUCUUGCUUGUUUAAUUGCUUGCUUUCAAUAAUUGUUCCUUGAUGUACGUAGUUGUUAUAUUUUUCAUAUUAAUGUAAACUUGAACAUGCAUCACUCCUUGUAAAUUGUCAUCCUGUCGAUUUUUAUAUGAUAUUUAAAUGUUGAUCUGUAGAUCAUUGUUUCACGACUUCAGCUGCUGUCACCCAGUUGUGCAUAGCGAGUAGAAGGAAAACCAGAUGACUGUCAUGUAUUUUAUUAUGAUCUGUAAUGUGAUCAAUACUAUUUACACCGAUGCUCCUUUUCUCUUUUAAAAUAAAUUCUCGUCAAGGCCAAGAUAUUACAAUAUUAUAAUAUAGUCUUUUACAGGCAUGGCAGGACUGCCGAAGUGUUUACUGCUCAGGUCAUUAUCAUUACUGAAGAGUAGCUUAACAGAUCCCCUGAGUCAGACUCAUAGACAUAGGUUUUGCCUGAGGAAUUUGUUUUUUUAAGAGAGAAGUGAAAAUUGCCUUAUAUUUAUGUCUUGAUUCAAGUUCCAUCCUGAGGCAUGCUAGACAUUAUGUACAGCAACCCCUUUUUCUCCCUAACUAAAUCAUUCUCCAUCAUAAUCAUACAAUCACCCACUGAGGCAAUUGUUCCUAGUUCGUUGCAGGUAGACAUUUGGCUGUUUUUUGACAUUACCUUUUUCCGUAUUUAUAAAAUUUAGGAAUUGUAUGUGUUGGAUUGCAUUUAGAUUCUUAUAACAAGAUUAUUUAUUAAAUAGAAUACACCAAAAGUAAUAGUAGUUAGAGAGGUAGUGCCCUAACACCUUUUAGUGGUAGCUCACCCUCGCUUUAACCACUGGUAGUACCAAAAUCAUUUGCUGUAUUUGAAGUGGAUUGCUUUCUUUUACAGUGACAAAUGAAGCAAAGGUAAAAUGUAAAUGGAUUAUAUGAUUACAAAACAUGAUUGGUUGUUAGUAAGUUUACAUGUUAUGGAAAUAUACUGAUGUACAUUUAAGUAGUAUUUCAAGAUAGAAGAGUCAUAUUUUAAACUAUUAGCAAAGGAAUUUUUUUUUUUUUUUUUUUUUUUUUUUUUUACCAAAUAAGAGUCUGGUGAGUUUUAAUUUUAAGGGCUUCUAUACUUUAUCUGGUUAUAAGUAAAAUGUUUAAAAAUUAAAAUUAGGGAUAAGUAUCAAGACCAGAGGUAGUGAUAUCGGCGAUCAAAACAUUCUUAGUGGAGUAGCUUUUGGGAGGAGUAAAUCUCACAUAUUACUGCAAGGUCAUGCAAACCAGUGUAAGGGAAGAAGGAAUGCAAGAUGAAACUGCUUUGCCAGUUGAAGAACACUUUUUAAUUCCAGUUAACCUCAUCUCUGAAUUUUGAUUCUUGUAGGCUGUGUGAGGUAGUUAGCUUUGUCAUUGUGAAUUUAUUAGAGAAUGUGUGUCAGUGCGAUUUAUAAAUCACAUUUUUCUAUUGUUGUUAUGCAUGGUUAAAGGCUGUAGACAGGGUUAAUUUGCCAUUACAUUGAGCAAAUAGUAAUGAAAAUGGUUUGUGAGACACCCUCUGUAGGAGGCAUUGCUUGUUACACUUGGACCAACAUUCACUAUAAUUCUAGGUCUGAUUAGCAGUAGAUAUGUGCAGCAUUUCUUGUCAUUUUAGUCAAAUUUUCAGUGUCAUCAUUUCUUGGCCAUCAUUUUUUUAUCAGUAGUAUUUAUUUUAUUUCACAUGCUCAGAUAGUUCUUGGAUGCAGACUGUGCAGUUGCAUUUUGCUGAGAAUAUGUCGAAUGCUUUUAUGGGUACAUGUUGAUAUUUGUGUCCUAGUCCACAAACAGAAGCAACAGACUACUUAGCCCCUAAUGCCAUCUGUUGUAUAGAUUAUAAAUAUUCCCCUUACAAAUGGUAUGGACUGUUCAGAUAGUCCUUGUUAAUGAACUCUACCAUGAAACAAAACUUUAUAUGGCUUUUGCAUCCUCCAAAUUGAUACUAGAAUUUCUUUGGUUAUCAGAUUGACUUAUAACUCACAUGAGAGCAUAUUUGUCUUAUCAAUUUGAUGGCUGCCUUUCCCUAAAGUGUGAGUGCUUGAAAUGGAGAAAACUUAAUUAUUAUCUUUGUAGUCUCUACUCACAAGGGUUUUUUUUUUUUUCUUAAGAGAGGAAGAAGAGCUAUCCUUCUGAGCAUAUUUCUGAUACUUUGUACUAUGUACGUACUCACUCAUGAGGGUCAGGUUUAGAUCUUGGCUUUAAUUGUAUAAACUUCAUUUAAAUAGUAAAAUACAGUCUGUUUGUGGUGUACCUAAAAGUAUUUUUGUGAUUUUAGGAGUUAGCCUUGAUUCAUAUGUACACUUAACCAUGUGCAACCCAAUACUUAGUAUCAUAAUCUAUUUGUAAGUGGAUUUCAGGUCUGAGCAAUGGACUCAGAAACUAACUUGGCAGAAUGUGAUACUAUACUCUGUUUUUUGCCUUUAACCAAGUGUAAUGACCUUAGUGAAAAUAAAUAUUAUAGUAUGUAUCAAUAAACCAUGGACUUGCCUAGAAAAUUUCUCGAUUGUGUAAUUUAUAUUAGUUUGUAUGUUCUGUUAUGUAAUCUCAUAAUGAGUGCAAUGUCAUCUCUAUGCAGUAAUAGGUUAAAGACAGUUUGAGCUUUAAGUAAUUUGUACUACUUAUACUUAUCAAGGAACAAUUUUUAUAUGACAUUUGGAUUUGUAAUCUUUUAACCUUAGGAUUUUAACACUUUGGAAAGAUCUCAGAUGAUGACUAGCUUAGGUUUUCUCUCUUACCAUUUCAUUUGCUUUUGCAUAAUAUGUGUGUACUGUAACUACGUACAUUAUUGUAUUUCAUUUGAGAAAUAUUAAGAAGUCUCGGAGAAAGCUGUCACGUGUUUAUCAUCCAGUUCUUGAGAUUCCUGGAUCUUGGUUGCAUUUUGAAUGGAAAAUUAUAAAUGAAGUUUCUAUGUAAGAA